AGCAGGAUGGGGGCGAGACCAUCUCCGUCAAAAAGGCCCGCAAAAAGCGCAAGAAGAAGCAGGAGGCGGCCGCGGAUGAGUCCGGCUGACGGGCGAGGCGGACAGGACGGGGGAGCUCUCGGAGGCAGAGAUUGACGAGGGCCGGAUGGCCGCGCGGGCGCGGUUCGUGUCGAUGUUGGAGCAGCACACGGCGUUGAGGACGACGGCGGGGCAGAUUUGGGGGAAGGAGAGGGAGAGGAAGAAGAAGCAGAGGAGGAAGGUGGCGGAAGAGGUGGUGGAAGAGACGGGGGAGAAGGCGGGGAAGGGAAAGGUGGAUGGGGAGGGGGAGAAGGAUGUGACUCCCAAGCAGACGGGGGAUGUUGCCGGGAUGCAAGGGGAGGAUGAGGCUAGCCAACAAGAGGAGCGCGACGUGGCCGUCGUACCAGUGAAGCGCAGGUCAAAGAAGAAGAAGGCUUCCGCUUCGGUCCAGCAAGAUUAUGGCGCUGAUGUACCCAGCUCGUCUGCUGCCGCAUCUAUGGUCGGCGCUCCGACGCCUCCCCGAACGAGCAGUGAUGCGAUGGAUUUCGCGCCUCUCGAGCCCACCGACUUGGAGGCCAUCAUUCAAGGACCAGCAAGGUCCUUCAGCAUCGCCGACAUACCGUCCGAUGAUGAGGAAGAGGAACCUGAGCGCAUGGAUCUGGAGUCGGACGAGGAGGAGGACGAGCGGUGGAACCGGCGGAAACGGCAGACACGGCGGCGGACCGGUCUCAAGCGUCGUGACGAGGUGUCCUCUUCCGACGAGGAUCGUGCUAGCGCCAUUGCCAUCGACGAAAUCGAGGAUGACGAUGAGCACGAAGCACUCGUAAAUGGGGACCGACCCUCAGCAAAUGCCGACGACGACCCCAUUGUUGAUGAGGCGCAUCCCGAAGCCGCGCCGCAGAACGUAUAUCGACCACCGCAAGUUCAGCGUCGGGCUUCGGGCCAACAUCACUCAUUUGCGUCUAUCGAUGGCGCUGCCUCGUCUCCAGAGCUCGACCGCGCUGCGGAUAUUGCGUACAACAAGGCCUUCGACGAUGAACAUCCAUCCGAUGUCGAUGGCGCCGCGGAUGCUGCACGUCCGGCAGACGAUGGUCAUGAGACGGACCUCGAUGCAUUGACACUGGGAUAUCCCUCUGACCCCAUGUCGGACGCAGGCCAGCUGCUCGAUCCUCAUACGGACGAUGCGGUCCGCGGCCCUCACGAUACGCACGCGGACGCCAUGGACGAGGAUCCGAUUGAGGCGCCGCCUCCGACCCAAUCGGCCCCGCCCAGUCCGAUAGAGUCCAUUCUCCCUGAUUUGUACUCGCCCUUUCAGUCGACGCCGCGCGCUCGAGUGGCGGACAGGAUGAGGGGCCGGAACGGGCGUGCGGGCGGUCUCAUGCCCUCGCCCGUUGCCGAGGCUAUCCUGGCGACAAGCGGCGCGUCCGACGCGCGUGGCGCUCCCGCAAUGAAGGGACUAUUACUGCCGCCGUGGUCGCAGCCAGAGCGGGAGACGCGGCAGUUGUCACGCCUAUCCGCACGGCGCGAGGCAGGGCUAAAUGGCCAUACGCCCUAUGCUAGCGAGGUGCCGCCCCCAGCCAGCCUGCCGACACCCAGCGGCGUGCCUCCCGUGCGCUCUUCUGGCCUUACGUCCUCAUCACAACCUGUCGAUGACACGCAACCGUCUUUGACACAAUGGACCACCCUGCCUAACGUACCCCCUUCGCCCUCGACCCUGCCUGAGGACUCCAUGGCCGAUAACAACGACCAGCUGCACUCUAGCCCCGGCACGUCAACAUUGUCGCCUCAGCUGCGUCGGAAGAGUGGACAGUACGAUCCUCUGCAACUCCCAGCGACAGUUCCCGACCAGGACGGGCAGAGCUCACAGGCCAGCGACGAUCCCCCCGGGGGCGAAGAGGAGGCGAAACCUCCGUCCGAGGCAGGCGCAGUGGAUGACUCUGACGAAGACGACUCGGAGCGGGCCGUCAGGGAAUCCGUGCAGGUCCCGUCGCGCGCUCCGAGCCAAAGUCAGCCGUGGAGGACUUUGUCUGCUAUCGCAAGCGCCAGUCCAUUUGCCUCGGCGCCGAAGCGAACCGACUUUCCAAAGAAAGUGGAAACACCUGCCACUCAGGAAAGGUCUAUGUACGGUUCGCUGGCGCAGGACAGCGACAGCAGCGAUGGGGAUGAUGACGAAGAUGAUGGCCAGGCGCGGCACACGCCAUCGCAUAUACCGAAGGAGCGGCAGGCCGGACGCAAAGCGACGGAGAAGGGAGUUCCGACUUGAUUUGCCACACCUACUGGACACAUCGCGCCCCGCAUUUCUUGCUUUCUUGGACACUCGCAUACAAUGUAGUACGUGAUCUAGCAUUCUUGUCAUGUUGCAGCCUAUACAGCUUGAUUGUUGUUUGUUCUGUCAUCGGAGGCUCCUACUCGUCGGCUCAAUUUAGAUAAUACUUACCACGAGAUAUAUGUCGGUCGAGACGCCAACGUUGGUCUACCC